AUGGAGGUUUGGGAAAUGGUGGCUGUGGGGGUAAAGCCGAUGGAGGGAAAUGAUUUGGAGAGCUCUGCCUUGUUGCUGGUUCAGGCAACUCCCCAACUAGUACUUGUACUAGACCAAGCAAAAGCGGGAAAUCACCCUGCUUUGCAAGGUAUCCCUUUGGAGCAGGGUUACUGGAUCUGCGAGCCGGAGAAAAUUGGUUGGCACCUUUUGCACGACAAUGGACUCUUGCUCGCAAUCCAAAUGGAGACCCUUGGCUCGCAAGAUGCCGCCUUUGCAAAUGACUGUUGCAGGCGUGUUGUGGCAACUUCUAUUCAAUCCCGCAAGGAGAUUGAGCACCACGGCACAAGGGUCUUUCAUGGGAAUGCGGUUGGGAUUGGCUACCGCAAGGAAAAGGCGGGAAAUGUGGGCCUCUACCGGAAUUGGAGGAAAAAGAUGUCGGUGGAGGAGCAGGAUGAGCAAGUGGUGAGGGAGGACGCAUUGCUGGACUACACGGCAGGACUCUUGGCAGGGGUCAUGCCGGGUCUCCAUAAAGAGCACGUGAAGAGUGCGAGGGAUGCUGGCCUGCCUCUGUACAGGUAUAGGGGGUAUGCGGUGCAGGGAGCGGCCUGCGCUGGAUACGUUUCAGGACACCACACGGACCCUCAAGAUCCCGAUUUCACUGUUGGAAUUGACCUCACAAUGGACAAAGAUUGGGGGAAGCUACCUCCUGGCGCCCACAACUUUGCCAUUGCUCCUUUUGGGCUGGUUAUGAGGAAUGGGCCCGGUGUAUUUAUGGUUUGGAGGGGUGGUGUGCCGCAUGGAACGACGGUCCCGGGGGAUUUCUCACAGUUCGAAAAGGUCACGGAAUUGGCGCACACCUUUGGUUGCGCCAUGUAUAUGAAGCCUCCUGCCCUUAGUCGCGGUUUCAAGCAGUCCAAAGCCCUCAAGACGCUAUCUAAAGAUUCCAACCUCCCCAAUACCUUUGAUGUAAAUCACCCCCUUCCUUGGUUUCCCGAAUCGUGA